AUGUUUGCCAGACUGGAUCCCGGCGUGUCCAACCUGAGGUUUGAGGACUUUACCCUGGAAGUCUGUCGAAAAAUGGGAAUCAACGCCAAAAACGUGUCCAAUGUAGAACUACGACAACUUGAGUUGAAGAACACAGGUUCCUACGUGUUCCACUGUGGAGGAGACUGUCGGUCCGUCACUGUGUCCAGGUGUGAAAUACACGAUGGAGAUGGAGGCAUUGAAAUAAUUGGCGGUGACCGUGUCAACCUCAUCAGCUCCAGUAACGUGGUUGAAGACAACCAUAUCUGGAGGUACAGUCGGGAGGGAGCGGUUGGACAGAACGCAGUGCACAUUGAUGGUGUCAACAACCUCAUACGCUACAACCACAUCCACGACGGACAAUAUGCUGCCAUCAGGUUCGACGGUAACGACCACGUGAUGGAGUAUAAUCACGUCCACCACAACUGCCUCAAUGCCAGCGACUGUGGUGCUCUCCAUGCUACAAGGAGUUGGUUCUUUCGAGGCAACAUGAUCCGAUAUAACCACAUCCACGAUACCAUCAAGCUAAUGCCAGGGUCAGGUGUCAGGGGCGUCAUGCUGGACGACGAGUACUCCAGCGUCACCAUUGAACACAACGUCUUCUACCACAUAAGGGUUGCCGUCGGGAGGUUCUUCAAAGAGGAACGAAAGCCUGUCUACAGAUGA